GUGUGACGUCAGCCAGCAGCCCGUCCCCCCCCCUCCAGCGCCCCCCCCGCCCCGUUCCCAGGCCCGUAACAUUAGGGAGGAAAAUGUUACUUUCCGUCCAGCCGCGGGCCGCCAUCGCCACAUUUGGCUACAAUAAGACCAGCAAGAAGCAGCCUUAUGUGUCAGUGGCCCAGCAGAUGGCGCCCCCGAGUCCCAGCGGCAGCAACAACAACAGCAGCAGCAGCAGCAGCGGAGGCGGCGGGGGAGGCGGGGACCAGCUGAGCAAAACCAACCUGUACAUCCGGGGCCUGCACCCGGGCACCACCGACCAGGACCUCGUCAAGCUGUGCCAGCCAUACGGCAAAAUCGUUUCCACGAAAGCUAUCCUGGACAAGACGACCAACAAGUGCAAAGGCUACGGCUUUGUCGAUUUCGACAGCCCCACGGCGGCGCAGAAGGCCGUGACGGCGCUGAAGGCCAGUGGGGUGCAGGCCCAGAUGGCGAAGCAACAGGAGCAGGACCCCACGAACCUGUACAUCUCCAACCUGCCGCUCAGUGUGGACGAGCAGGAGCUGGAGGGGAUGCUGAAACCCUUCGGACAGGUGAUCUCCACCCGCGUCCUGCGCGACCCCAACGGCACCAGCCGCGGCGUCGGCUUCGCCAGAAUGGAGUCCACAGAAAAGUGCGAAGCCAUCAUCACCCACUUCAACGGGAAAUACAUCAAGACCCCCCCAGGGAUCCCAGCCCCCUCAGAUCCGCUGCUUUGCAAGUUUGCCGACGGGGGGCAGAAGAAGCGCCAGCCGCAGGGGAAGUACGUGCAGAACGGGCGGGCCUGGCCGCGGGACGGCGACUCGAGUGGCAUGACCUUGACCUACGACCCCACCACGGCUCUGCAGAACGGGUUCUACCCGACCCCCUACAGCCUGGCCCCCAACAGGAUGAUGGCUCAGACCACGCUCGCCCCUUACCUCCCGUCACCCAUGUCCUCCUACCAGGUUCACAGCCCGUCCUGGAUGCACCAUCAGUCAUACCUCAUGCAGCCCACGGGGACGGUGCUGACGCCGACCAUGGACCACACCAUUUCCAUCCAGCCCGCCUCCAUGAUGGGCCCCCUGACCCAGCAGCUGGGCCACCUCUCCCUCAGUAGCACUGGCACGUACAUGCCAGCGGCAGCAGCUAUGCAAGGAGCUUACAUCCCUCAGUACACGCCCGUGCCUUCCUCCAGCAUCUCAGUUGAGGAGAACAGCGGCCAGCAGAGCCAAGUGGCUGUCGAGUCUCCGUCAGAUCACGCUGCCUACUCCUAUCAGUACAGCAAGUAACUGCAGCUGGACCAGGCGUCUCUGCUCCGAGCGCUCGCCCCGAGGGAGAUCGCCACCUCCUCUUUGAUUUGUGCUGCAUCUAGAAGAUCGAAUCCAAUUUUUUUUUCUUCGUUCGUUUCUUUCUUUUGCAAAGAAAACAGUUUUGUAAAAAAAAAACAACAAAAAAAAAACCGGCAAUAGACUUUGCUCACCAAGGAACCAAAGCGGUGGAAUGGGGGGGCUGGGUCACCAGAUCCACUCCGCGCGGACGGACAGAUGGACUGAGGCCUAUUUUAAUAGGAGGGGGAAAAAAAAGUGUUUGGUUUAUUUUUGGUCGUUGUUUUGAAGAACCCCCCCUUUUUUUUUUGGGUGGUUCUUUGAGGAAAGGCUUGAUCCAGGAGGGUGGAUCUGGCUGCCCCGGAGUGGCGAGGCUGCAGCUUCGAAUCUCUGGGACAAUCGUCGUUUUCUUUUGUCAAUUAAGGAUUACUUUUUCGUUCCUUUCUUUUUCUUUUCUUUUCUUUUUUUUAAAGGAAAAAUAUGCAACGUUUGAACAAUUCUAUAUUGAGGGGGUUUUUGGUUGUACUGCUCCCCGACCGAUUCCGCCCGUCUCUUCGCCCCCCUCCGGACGCUUCUCCACGCCUGAAUGCCACUGUAGGAUAAAGAAUUUUUUUCCGGGGGAGGGGUUGCUUUAAAAGAAAAGGAAAAAACCGCCACAAAAACCUACAAAAAAAAGCCCCACGGUUGAUUUUAUUGUUUUUUGCUUUUUUUUUUUCUCCCGGGUUUUAUAAAAAAGGAAAAAAGUCAAAAAAAAAAAGAAAAAAGAAACACUAAAAAUCCCAGGAUCUAAUGAGAUAAACCGAGCAGGAAUCCGUGACUUUCCACCGGGAGGAUGAGGCGGGAGAUACGCUGCAUCGUGCACUGGCUGGCGGGAUUUUGGGCAGGGGAAAAGUUGGCCACGAACUCCGUGCCAGGACGCAGCUCCAGGAAACCUCUAGGAUCCGUAAUCUUCUCCCUGCUUGAGUUUUGCCGGACAGGAUCGCUGCUUGUGUUGGAUUCCAGUUUGGACUGGGGGGGCUUCGUGGUCUCUGCUCCGGCCCCUGUCCUUUCCUAUUAGAUGCUACGUACGUGGACUCGCCUGGGUCAGGACUCCGGACUCGGCCCUGGCCCCCCUUCCAAAAGCCUCGUGCCGCUUUUCUGCGUCACCAGUGACGUCUUGUGCUUCCGGACUCCGCUCUCUGUCCACCUGUCCCACGCGCCUAUGGCCCGAGGGGACCCGGCACCGGCCCCAUCCGCCCUGCGGGAUAUACAGUGCCUUCACUGCCUGCGUUCCAGACUGUGCCAGCAGACCGCCCCCCCCGCCGCCGUGGUGACCUCCCCGCCCCCCACCACUGGGAUCCGUGCACGGGGGGGGGAACAGCCGACUGGCAAC